AUGUACUCUCAAGUAGGACUCGCGAGAUGCGUGUCUCGAUUGAGGACUUCCGGUCAUAACGGCCCUCAGUACUCUGGCAAUCUGACGAGGACAUAUUCAAGAUCAAUCUCAUCGAGCAGCACUAUUCAACGUCUUUCUCGCUUCUGGAUCCCUACUGUCGGUGCUGAACGAGCUAGAGAUGCCAAAGAUGAGUCUCAUGAGUUACUUAUCAGAGCUGGCUAUGUACGACAAGCUCAUGCGGGCAUAUUCCACAUGCUGCCACUCGGCAAUCGUGUGCAACAAAAGCUUGAAGGUCUGAUUGACAAGCACAUGGAGAGUAUAGGUGCUGCUAAAGUCUCCUUGUCUACCAUUUCUUCAGAAGAGUUGUGGAAGAAGACUGGUAGAUUCGUAGGCCAUGGCGGUGAAUUGUUCGGUUUCCACGACAGAAAAGAUGCAAAGUUCCUGCUAUCGCCAACCCAUGAGGAAGAAAUCACAUCUUUGGUCGCUAGCACGGUUCAGUCUUACAAAGACCUUCCUCUUCGACUAUACCAGAUUGGUCGUAAAUUUAGAGACGAAGCUCGGCCGCGACAAGGUCUCCUACGUGGUCGUGAGUUCACCAUGAAAGACCUCUAUACUUUCGACAUCACAGAACAACAAGCCAGACAGACAUACGAGGAAGUUCGACUGGCAUAUAGAGCUUUUCUCGAUGAGCUAAGACUACCCUAUCUGGUUGCUGAAGCUGACUCUGGGAAUAUCGGUGGCACAUUGAGUCAUGAAUACCACUUUGUAUCUGCUAAAGGAGAGGACAAUGUCAUCAGCUGCGACUCAUGCGGCUACACCAUCAACGACGAACUCGCCAUCACCUCUGUCGAGCAACCAGAUCUAGUCACCAUCGACCACAAGAAACAUCUUUCUCGCUGGAUAGGAAUCACAAAGGACCGCAAGAACAUCAUCCUAGCCUGGUUCCCCACCCACACAUCACAAACCUCUGGAGACAAUGUCAAGAAUGAAAUAAACCCCAACGUCAUUAAAGCCCUCGCCCCCGACAUUGAUCUCUCCGUCGAAAACCCCCUCGAACUCUGGGAUCAAGCAAACCCAAAACAAUCAGAUGGUUCUCGCCCCUCUGCUCAAAUCAUCGAGAUAAACGACGAACGUCUGGACUCCAGCCCUGAAAGAGCAGAAAUCCAAAACCAACUCCAACCACGCGAACUUCUAAACCCAGAAACCAGUCGCUUCAAUAGCGUACAAUUCCAACUCCGACCCAGGAAGAAUGGGAAAAGCAUGCAACUCACCCGCACACUUACAGGAGACCCUUGUCAAAAAUGCAAAGGGGGCAAAGUUACAGUGGAUAAAGCGAUAGAAGUAGGUCACACCUUCCACCUCGGAACCCGCUACAGUCUACCCCUCUCCGCCACUUUCGUCGAUGCAAACGACACGCGUAAAACAAUCGAGAUGGGCUGUCAUGGUAUCGGUGUUUCUCGUCUCGUAGGCGCCAUCGCAUCACUUCUUUCAGAUACCAAGGGGUUGAAUUGGCCUGCUGCUAUUGCGCCCUUUCAAGUCGUCGUUGUACCUGGCAAGGGCAAUGAGCAAGAUGCGGAAACUUUGGCAAAGAGGUUGGGAGUAGUGGCGGAUGUGGUGGUGGAUGAUCGGGUUAAGCCAAUGGGUUGGAAAUUGAACGAUGCGGAUUUGGUGGGGUAUCCGUUGAUUGUUGUGUUAGGGAGGGCUUGGAAGAGUGAGGCAAAGGUGGAGGUGCAGUGUAGGAGGUUAGGUAUCAAGGAAGAGGUGGUGUGUGGAGGUGUUGAAGGCUCGAGUUCUUUGGAGCAAAAGAUUCAAGGCUUGUUGACGCGAUUGUAG